UCGCAGUGCAUGCUAAGUGUAGAAAACACCUUCACUCUUUGAAGAUGUUUGGUCAGAAUUUACAGGGUUACUAUGUGAGAGCAGAGCAGCGGCUGCCAAGAUUUCCCACUGACAAACUUCUGUUAAUUGACAGUGUCUCAUUUUGACGAAGACAAGCUUGUGUAAAUAAGCAGAACCAGAAUUACAUUUGUUUUUCUUUUCAGUAUACAGACUUGAAUAAAGUAAAAAUAUGUUUAUAUAAAUAAUUGUGAUUAUGGAUUGAUGAAAUGGACAAUCUCGAGAAUCAAUAGAGUGUGUUCUAAAAUAUAUUUUUCCUGUAUUAUUAAUAAAUUGUUUUAUGCUGGAUUUAAGUUAUUUACAUUUAUCGUAAGCGGGUGGGGUUAAACAGACUGGAAUCUGAAUCAUGUGGUUUCUUGACUUCAACAUGAAAAUCUUUGUCAUGAAUAUUUGUAUUCUACAGUGUAGAUAUCUUUCACUGUGAAUUAUGACUUCACUUCCUAUGCUAUUUUUUUCAUAAAUCAAGAGUUCAAUUCCCACCAUUGAAUGGCAAAACUCAAUGCACAUCGAUUAGUUUGUGGUACAUUAUUGUUGCUUGUUGUAGAUAUCAUUUGGGUUGCUUCAUCUGAAUUGACUGAGUAUAUAUUCAAGGAUGAAAACUUCAGCAAACCAUUUUUUAGUACUUAUGUGAAAACUACCAUGUUCAUAUUAUACUUGCUUGGAUUUAUAUUUUGGAAACCAUGGCGUGAUCAGUGUUUUUCUAAACCCAUGUAUACUCUUGUUGAUCCUGCAAAUAUUGAUCAAGAUGAGUGUAAUAGCACAUUUGUUGAAGUUGAGCCCUUGUUGAGUGAGUCAGUUUGGAUACCAAUUAAGUAUCAUGAUGGUAGCGGGGAUAAGAGCAGUGGAAAUGAAUCAGAUGAUUCUUCUUCUAAACAAAGUGUAAAAUCUGUUCAUUUUAAUCAAGUUACUGAAGUACGGCAUUUGUCUGAUUCACAAGCUGAUGAUGCACUGUUAGCUCGUUUAUCCUAUACUGCAUCACUCCGUGCUCAAGAAAAUGCCAUGAAAGCAGCUAAUAAAUUACCAAUGAAACAAGUUGCUAGAAUUGCUCUUCUUUUUUGUAUAAUGUGGUUUCUUGGCAAUCUUUCAUAUCAAGAAGCUCUUUCCACAACUGAAGCAGGUGUUGUAAAUAUAUUAUCAUGCUCAUCUGGUUUAUUCACUUUAAUAUUAGCUUCAAUGUUUCCAUCAAACACUGGUGACCGUUUUACUUUGUCAAAGUUUCUUGCUGUUACCAUGAGCAUUGUGGGUGUGACAAUAAUUUCAAAUGCUGACAAAGGAGUUCAGAAUUACUUUCCACCAGGAGCAAUAUGGUCUAUUCUUGGAGCAUUUUUUUAUGCUGCAUAUAUUGUUCUGUUAAGAAGAAAAGUAGACAAUGAAGAAAUGUUUGACAUUCCAAUGUUUUUCGGUUUUGUUGGAUUAUUCAACCUUCUUUUCUUAUGGCCUGGAUUUGUUUUUCUGCAUUAUACCAAAGUAGAAGAAUUUCAAUGGCCUUCUCGAUAUCAGUGGUUGUUAUUAUUGUGCAAUGGGCUUAUUGGAACUGUAUUUUCAGAAUUACUAUGGCUAUGGGGCUGUUUUUUGACGUCCUCUCUAAUAGCUACCUUGUCAGUGUCUUUAACUAUACCUUUAACUAUAUUAUUUGACAUUUUCUUAAAAAAGGUGGAUUAUCCUGUUCAGUUUUUUCUGGGAACUCUUCCCAUGUUCCUUUCUUUCUUUGCUGUAGCUUUUCUGACUCAUUAUGAAAAUUGGGAUCCUGUUCUCAUUGGUCUUAAUAAGCUAGUCAGUCUUUGUAAGAGAUCUAAAAGAGUUCAUGACAUUGACUAUGAGCAGACUGAAUCACUAAUUAAUGUAAAUAGUGAGUACACAUAACAAAGUUUGAAAAUAAUCAUUCAUACAUCACUUUUGUUCGCCAAGAUGCCAUAUGCAAGAUUUAUUCAAGUAUUAGAGCUUUAAACUCUUUAUAUGUGAAACAGUGGCAGCCAAAUGUCAUAUCAUAUUGUAUUAUUUUCUUCAUCUUCUGACAUAACUUUCACAAUCAUCAAAGAAAUAUGUGUUUUAUAUAAAAUCAAUUUUCCAGGUAUUUUAUAAAUAUUUAUAUUUUAUGUUUUUUUAUUUUUAUUUGUAUCAAAAAACUAUUUUGAUUGCUCAAAAUCUGUGCAAAGAAGCUUUAUUUAUUAAUAUGGUAAAUUUUUUACAAUCUAAGCUCUUUUGGAUAAAAAAAAACUUUCUUUUUUAAUAAUUGCCUUUAAAUGAUAAUUUUAUUCCAAGACAAUUUUAAAAUUAUGAUAAGGACUUUUAUAGGAAAACUAUGAAGUAAAAAAUAAAACUUUUUAAGGAAUGAUGCCAUCAAAAUGAAUUGAGUUUAAUCUUAAGUUUCAUCUUAUGAGGCCAAGACUCUUAAGUAGAGAUUAUGCAGUUUAUGCAGAAUACAGAGCAACACAAUUAAAUAAUUUUAAUAAAAUUCUUACAUAUUAAGAUUAAAUUGUUUUUGUUUAAGGAACUAACCUAAUAUAUACCAAUUAAUUUGUGUAGACUGAACAACAUGAUAAGUUAUUGUAUUGCAAUAUUUUUCCUUCCAAAAGUAGGGAUGCAUUUUCUUUUGUUUUUAAUUCAACAAAACUUCUCACUUUUUGCAGGAAAAUAAUUUGUUAUAAUUUUUUUUAUAAAAAGCAGUUAGUAAUUUUGGUCAAAAACGAGCCUAGACUAGUGCAGGAGAGAUUAAGUAAUUUAAAUUAUUUGGUGAUGAGUAAUUAAUUAUUAGCCAACAAUUUCAAACACUGGCAUAAAAUAACCUCCAUCCUUGGCUUUUAGCAGUCACCGAAAGUAAAAGAAUCUUAUUUUUGAAUAUGUAACAAUUUUCAUUUAAGUGUUUUAUGCAGAAAAAAUGCAUAUUUGUGUGCUGAGAAAAAUUUUAAUACAAAAUUUAAAUGUUAAAUGAUUGGAAAUAUGUGAUUCCUAUUAAUGGCUUGACUCUCGUAACUACUCAUUACCUGAACAUAAAAAGCAUUUUAUUUUAUGAAAAUAACUUUUUCAUUUCAUAGUAAGCUCUAAUGUUUGUUACAAUAAAAUAAAUUAAUAAAAAGUUGUUUUUCAACAUAAAGCAAAUUCUUUUUGAGGUUCCUGGUCACAAUUUGUCAUUGCUCCACAUUGACAGUGUGAAUUAAAAAAAGUACUUAAUAGUUGCAUUCAAGAAUUUAUUUCAGGCACAUUUCCAGUUUUCCUGAAGGUAAGCUAUUCCAACCAUUAAUGUAAUUUUGGAGGUCAAUAAAUAUGGAGUGAAACAAUUUUAUAAACAUAGAUAAAGAAAUAAAUUUGAAUAAAAACAGUUUGGAGCAAUGAAUUUUUUUAGUGUUCCUGGUCACAACUUGUCAGUGUAAAUUAUAAAUAAAAGCUUCUAUCAGUUCUAUACAAGUAUUUAUUUUGGGCAUAUUUUAAGUUUUCAAAAAGAUAAACUAUUUCAAUCAUUGAUGUAGUUUUGGAGGUUUAAUCAAUGGCGUAGUUUAUUAAGGAAAUUAUAAGAAACGGUUUUACUCAGAAAGUUGUAACAUGUGAAAUUCAUGUAAAAUUCUUGAAAGUUUCUGAAAUGCUUGAUGGCCCCAGGUUUAAAAUCUAAAAUUUUUAGUUUUAGUUAUCUAAUUUGUGUGGCGAAAUAUAUAAUGUACUCUGAGUUUUCCUUAUUUCUAAUAAAGUACUAACAUUUUUAUUUUUAUCGACAUGACUAUAAAUCAUUAGAGAUGCUCUGUACUUUAUUAGAUUCUAAAGCAAUAAUUUUUUAAAAACUUUUUAUUAUUUUAAUUGCUCAAAAGAGCAAUCAAUCUUGUGAAAAUCACUUCAUGGAUAUUUGUAAUGACUUGUUAUAAUCUGUAAGAGUCAUAAAUGUGAAAACUAUUUUAAUAUUUUCUUUGCUAAGGCAUCCAAAGUGUCUGUGUUCUGUUAGAUCUGCAAGGACUUAUUUAUGCAAUUCUAUGUCAUGAAUAAAAUUAUAUUUUUAUUGUUUUUAACAAAAUGCUUUGACUUGUACUGUAAAUUACACUUAAACUAUAAAUUAGUUUGCUCUUGCUUGUUAUUUUUUGUUAAAAAAUAUAAUAAUCACAAUGAAAAAUAAAUGUUUCUUAUUUAAAAAGUGUUGAAUAUUGAAAUUGUGAAGUAAAAAUAUUAUACCUCAAUAUCUUUGUGGGAUGUCGGCAAAAUAGUUGUUUUGUGCAAUCGUUGCUAAUGAAUUUUGUGUGAUAAUAAAUUUAUAUUUACAUGUUGGCUA